AUGGCAAAAGGUGCGCGUGCAUCCACACGAAAACGCAACAAUGCCGCCUUGCGAGCCAAAAUUUUCGGUCCUGCAGUUGAUGCACGCACGGAGCGUCUAUCAGCCAAGCUGCAAGAGCUCGUGUCCAGAUCCAAACCUUCAGUGGAGAGAAUGAUGGAGGUAGACAGCACGGGUGAAGACGUGAAGGAGCAAAGAAGCACCGGUGAUACAAAUAUUGGCGAUGAUGCUCAAAAAACUGCUUUAAAGAAGAAGCACAGCCAUCACGGUUCACAGAUCGAGAAGAAGAAAGCGCACAGGAAGGCGAGGAAUUCCAUUGUCUUCCCUUCCAUAAGUCGAAAGGGCAAAGGUCCCGGCAUGCUGAAGGCGAAGAGAUGA